CGCCGCGCUUCAUUCACCAGUAAUAAGCCCGAGUGAUGAGCAUCCGCGGCGCACUGACGCACCCGAGCUCAGCACCAAAACAAGUCCCUGCGAAGCCUCGGCGGAGUGGCGCGUUGUGGAGGACAGCGUCACGCGAGGAGACGGGAGGAAGACGCGCGGAUUGUGUGGAUACUGGUCCUUCCAUCACCUCUGGAUAACUUGGAGCUUGGAAACGCUUCUUUCUCUUUUUACGCACGGCAACGAGGAGCUACUGAGAACACCCCCCUUGGAGUGGAGGAUUUAUUUGUGUUUUACUUUUAUUAUAUUUUAUUUUUUUUAAUCGUUUGCCUUGGUGUGAAUAGGAAUAAGAACACUUUGUUGUUUUAAUUGGUGACGCGGCUGCCCAGGAGGGGAAACAGAAAGGAUGGCAGCCUGGUUCACUUUUACCAUCGCUUUCAGCACCACGUUAUUAUCACAGGUGUUCGGUUCGGGAGUUUUUGAGCUGGAUCUGCACGAAUUCACAAACCACAGGGGUUUGCUGGCGAACGGGAACGCGUGCCGGCCCAGCUGCAGGACUUAUUUUCGGAUUUGCUUGAAGAACUAUCAGGCCGUGGUGUCGCCGGGGGACUGCAUCUUUGGGAGCAGGGUGACGCCGGUGCUGGGGACGAACUCUUUCAGCGCCAAGGACGACGCUGGCACUUUACAGGGACCCAUUCGGAUCCCGUUCAAGUUCGGAUGGCCGAUAACAACCCAGACUUUAUGAUUAGCUUUUUUGCCAUCCAAAGACAGCUGGGCGUAGGAACCGACUGGUCCCAGGACACACAAACCGGAGAGCAGACAGARCUGAAAUAUUCCUACCGGUUCAUCUGCAACGAAAGUUACUACGGCGAAAGUUGUUCCAAAAAAUGCACGCCCCGAGAUGACCGCUUUGGCCACUACACCUGCACCCGAGACGGCCAGCUUUCCUGUCUUCCUGGCUGGAAAGGGAAAUACUGUGAAGAACCCAUUUGUCUUGACGGUUGCAGCGAGAGGAAUGGAAACUGCUCCAAACCCGGAGAGUGUGUAUGCAGAGAAGGCUGGCAGGGCACUUUCUGUGAUGAGUGUAAGAAGUACCCGGCCUGCAAGCACGGUACCUGCCAGCUGCCGUGGCAGUGUAACUGCCAGGAGGGCUGGGGAGGCCUAUUAUGUGACCAAGAUCUGAACUUCUGCACGCAUCACCGUCCCUGUUUGAACGGCGCCACCUGCAUGAACACUGGCCAAGGGAGCUACACGUGCACGUGCCUGCCUGGAUUCACGGGGGUCAACUGUGAGCUGGAGAUGCAGGAGUGCGACAGCAAUCCCUGCAGGAACGGAGGGAUCUGCACAAACUUGGACAGCGGCUAUAUGUGCACAUGUCCCCAAGGUUUCGAAGGCUCCCACUGCGAACACAACCUGCUGACAUGCGCCGACUCUCCGUGUUUCCACAGUGGUAAAUGCUGGGAGAAAGACAAUGGUCGCAGUUACAUGUGCGAGUGUCCCCCUGGCUACACCGGACUCAACUGUGAGAAGAGGAUGGACAAGUGCACGUCGCUUCCCUGCGCUAAUGGCGGUCUGUGUCUCCUCCAAGGAGGCAUGCGCAUGUGCAGCUGCCGAGCAGGAUUCGCUGGACCGCGCUGCGAAAUAAACAUCAACGAGUGCGCCGGGAACCCCUGCCUCAACGGAGGCACCUGCCAAGACCGGAUAAACGACUACUUCUGCGCUUGUCCAGCGGGAUACGGUGGACGCAACUGCGACAGAGUCCUGGACGAGUGUUCUCUUCAACCCUGCCUCAACGGGGGCAGUUGCACUGGAGGCGGCGGGCCGGGCAAGACUCCGGCGUCCUGCGUUUGCCCCUCGGGCUUCACCGGGGCGCGGUGCGAAUCCUUUGCCACCUUCAGCCCACCGGGAGACGACGGCUUCCAGUGGGCGGCCGUCUCGCUGGCCGUGGGUCUGAUGGCGCUGCUUGUGCUGUUGUGCAUGGUGGGCCUGGCUUUGCGGCACAUCCACCGGCAGGCGCGAAGGCAACGAGGGGAAACGAAGACUAUGAACAAUUUGUCCAAAGUUCAGGGGGAUAACUUGAUCCCAACAUCCCAGCUGAAAAACACUAACCAGAAGCUUAGCCUGGAGGUGGACUGUGAUACAGAGAAAUCGAACUUUAUCCAUAAAAACUAUCACUUGGACUUUUACAACUCUAAAUCAAAAGAGUUCAAGGAUGAAAAGUCGCAAGAGGAUAAAAGUCUUAUUUAUGACAAGUGUUUAGAAGAUAAAAUGCCUUUGAGUAGAAUGUACAGUGAAAAGCCAGAGUGUAGGAUAUCUACGAUAUGUCCCUCAAGAGACUCUAUGUACCAGUCGGUAUUCGUUAUAGCAGAGGAGAGGAGGGAAUGCGUCAUAGCAACCGAGGUAUGAACUAUGAAAGGGUCAGAAAGGUUUGAAUGGAGGACUGAGACACAAUCGAGGCAGAAUCUAAUAUUCUGGAUUGUUUACAAAUGCUGAAAAGAGACUGGAGAUUGUUUGAAGAAGUUUGCCGCUGCUCUGGAACACUUAAAGAACUGGAAAGGGCAGAGUCUUCUGCUCUGGAAUAAAAGACACAUAAAGGACAGGAGGACCGAUCAGUUUUUAUAUUGUCCAAGCGUUUGUAUGCAAAGCAUGUACAGAGAAGGACCUUUUCCAGCGACAGACAGAACAUCAGCAAAGUGCUUGUCGACAGACUCGGCCAUCUUGGACGGUCAAAGGAGGCGACGGUGGAUUAUUUGCCCCCCUCGUAUCUGACCCAGCCUUGUUUGAUAAUCACGAUGACUCUAAGAGCCAACCAAUCAGCGAAAAAUGGUGCCUAAGAUUUGAUCCCCCUACAAAUCACCCACCCCGCAACAUUCACUCCUGCCAGCUUUGCCUGCUAUGCAAGACUCAGGGUCCAAAGGAGUGAACUCGCCCCCCGCUGUCACAAUCCAACUUCAGCAACUCCGGGAAAAAAAAAAACAACUGACGAUUGUCCAAAAGUGAUCUUCUGCCGUCAGUCGUGUGAAAGUGACUGGUUGGUUUUGGUCAGCGUAAAAGGGUGGUGAUUGUAUGCAGCCCAAAAUUCACUCGAAGCCUUAAAAGAAGGGGUGUUUGAAGUUAAAUUUGUGCCCUUGUCUGUCCUCGGUUCAUUUGCACUACAAGACGAAAACGAAGGAGGAAAAGAUAAAAACACASUAGGGGUGGGAAAAUGCUUUUUAAUCAACGGGGAUUUCAAGAGAGAAGCUGCAGGAGUCCAGUAAUUGUCAGUGCAGUGCCAGGACAAUCCAAGAAAACGUGCGCAUAGGAAAGUAAUUUUUUUAUGCAACGAACAGAGACAAAAACUAAACAAUGAGGAAGACUGUCACACCACUGCCUGCCUAUAAUGAAUCUCAAAAGCAGAAGAACCAAUAAUGUAAUGUUUUUUAUUGAUUAUUUCCAGAGUUUAAUUUAAAUAUGACACUGUUCUUUAUAUGUUUUAUAAUAUUAUUUUGUAUAUAAUGCAUAUUUAUAAGGACCAAACUUCUGAAGAAUACAUCUUCCAUGGUAACUGUUUGUCAAGUAAAUUGGAAAAAGAAAAAAAAAAAGAAAAUUAUUUUUGAUGUGUUUUUAAAUAAUGACCAUGACAGCAAACAACAA